AUGGCGGACACAUCAGGCUCGCAGUCACAGAGUACUGACCCAGCAGCACAAUUGGUGAGUGCCGCAUUUGUGGAUGAGACUCUUUCUUGCAUACAGCGAACUGACUGGAAUUUUCCUCUCAAACAGCCAACCUUUGCCGCAGCACCGCCAACCUCUGCCCCUUCCAAUGUCGUUCCUCAACUAUCAUCUCCCGCUCCAAUCCUCAGACCGGCCAUUCCCGGCGGCCGCUCUGGUGGCCGUCCCCCGAGGCUUGGUAUUUCUAUUCCGGCGUCUCCAAGUGUGAAACCGGUCGGCAGCCAACAACAAGUUCAGUCUACCCCGUCAAGGCCGCCGCUUCCAACUUUACACCUGGCCACUCCUAUGGGCACGCGAGCCACGCCGUAUGAGCAGCCUCCCGGAUCACAGGGAAUCCAACCCGGCCAGUCUGCCGACGGCGGCAGCGAAAGUAGCGCAGCCCACUCGAGGUCCGGUAGUUUUGGGCCUUUAGACGGCAGGGCAAGCAAUCCUACUUCGGCAGGAUCUCAAUUUUCUGCCCUUUCGUUUGCCUCACAGUAUAUUAUUCCGGUAACAAGAACUCAAGGUACUCCAGAUCCGGUAUCAGCUGUGGGAUCCAUGUAUUCUGAAAGAAGCGAAGGCGGCGUUUCCAUGGAAAGAGAUGGCAGUCAUCAAGACUCCGCUACCUUUGCUGGCUGGACUCUGGAGAAGCUCAAAGAAGCCGAUGUUGAGGAUCUUGAUGAUGAAGGCUGGAGAAUUGCAAGCAUGAAUAAUUUCAUUGAGGAGCUCGGUCAUCUGGGUGAAGGUGCCGGGGGUGCUGUUACCAGGUGUAGACUGAAAGAACGCAAGACUGUGUUUGCGCUGAAAAUUAUUACUACCAACCCGGAUCCUGAUGUUAAGAAACAGAUUGUACGAGAGUUGGGCUUCAACAAAGAAUGCGCGUCAGAGCACAUCUGUCGUUACUACGGUGCUUUUGUCGACCCGUCCACCGCCACCAUCUCCAUUGCUAUGGAGUUCUGUGAAGGCGGGUCACUGGACAGCAUCUAUAAAGAGGUCAAGCUACAAGAUGGUCGAACAGGAGAGAAGGUUCUGGGAAAGAUCGCCGAGGGCGUAUUGCGCGGACUCACUUACCUCCACACUCGACGGAUCAUCCACCGAGACAUUAAACCAUCGAAUAUCCUCCUGUGUCGAGAUGGAGCCGUGAAGCUGUGUGACUUUGGGGUUUCUGGCGACUUUGGAACUAAGGGAGAGGCCAACACAUUCAUCGGCACCAGUUAUUACAUGGCACCCGAACGAAUCACUGGCCAAUCAUACACAAUUACAUCUGACGUGUGGUCCACGGGUGUAACAUUACUGGAAGUUGCUCAAAAUCGCUUCCCAUUCCCUGCCGAUGGGACCGAGAUGCAACCAAGAGCAGGUUUGAUCGACUUGCUAACUUACAUUGUUCGGCAGCCGGUGCCGACGCUCAAGGAUGAGCCUGAUGUAAACGUGUACUGGAGCGACAACUUCAAAUAUUUCAUCGAGUGCUGCCUAGAGAAGCGACCCGAUCGCCGAGCCAGUCCAUGGAAGAUGCUUGAGCACCCCUGGAUGCUUGACAUGCGCCCCAAGCGAGUUAACAUGGUUAAAUAUCUUUCCUCCGUGUGGAAAUGGGAAAAGUAA